AUGUACGUUCAGAUUACUGGAACUGGAUAUGACGCAAAAGAAGCAAUGGAGGAGAAGUUGAAAGAAGGAGCAGAUUACGUUGACGAAUCGCUACAUGAAGCCAAGCACUCUGCUCAGCAAAAGACAAAGAAAGUUGGAGAUGCAGCCAGAGAAAGCAUGCAUGCUGCCAGAGAUGCCGCUGGCCAGAAAUAUCAAGAGGGUAGCCAUACCGUUGAAGAUCAGGCAAGAAGAGCAAAAGAUCUAGGUGAAGAGAAAAUGCUUAAAGCCAAGCACAUGGCUAACCAAAAGGCACGACAAGCCUAUUACUACUACGACGAAGCUGGUAACAAGAUUAAAUACUACAGAAAUAAAGCGGGUGACUAUGUCGAUGAUGCCGGAAACAAGAUGAUGUAUGCCAAGAUGAAAGCCGGUGAAUACUACGACGAUGCUGGUAACAAGCUCAAAUACGCCAAAGACAAAGCCGGUAAUUACGUUGAUGAAGCUGGAAACAAGAUCAGAUUCGCCUCAAACAAACUUGGUGAUGCAAAAGAUGCGAUCUACUAUUACAUCGACGAAGCUGGUAAAAAUAUAAUGUACUACAAAAACAAAGCCGGCGACUGGGUCGAUGAUGCUGGAAGCAAGAUCAUGAACUACGCCACGUCAAAAGCCGGUGAAUACUACGAUGAUGCUGGUAACAAGCUUAAAUACACCAAGAAUAAAGCGGGUGAUUACGCUGAUGACGCUGGAAAUAAGAUCAGAUUCGCUGCAGAUAAACUUGGUGAUGCCAAGAAUUCUGUCUAUUGGUACAUCAACGAAGCUGGUAAAAGAAUCAUGUACUACAAAAAUAAAGCCGGUGACUGGGUAGAUGACGCUGGAAAUAAGAUCAUGUGCUAUGCGACAAAUAAAGCAGGAGAAUACUAUGAUGACGCUGGCAAUAAGCUAAAAUACGUCAAAAACAAGGCCGGUGAUUACGUCGAUGAUGCAGGAAACAAGAUUCAAUGGACCAAAGAGAAACUCGGUGAUGCAUACGAUUACGUUGCCGAUACCGUGUCAGAUGGGCUAAAAGAUGCAAAGGACUACGCUGGUGACACCGUAGACAGUGUCAAGCGAAAGGCCAGUGAUACCGUCGACAGCGCCAGGCAAGCGGCUUCAGAUGCCAAGGACUACGUCGGCGAUACCGUCGAUGGAGUCAAGCGAAAGGCUGGAGAUGCUAAGGACUAUGCUGGAGACAUGGCUUACGAAGGCGCUGACAAGGCGAGUGGAACGCUGAAGGCCGCAAAAGAUUAUGUGAGCGAGAAGCUUCAAGACGUAAAAGAAUACGUAGGUGAAAAACUCGGAGUUGCAAAAGAUUAUGCAGGUGAUAAAUUGGAAGACACCAAGGAUAUGACCGCUGAAUCUCUUGAGAAACUGAAACAAGCAAAGGAUUAUGCUGGCGACACGAUCUACGACACCGCCGGUGCAGCUGCAGAUAAGUUGAGACAAGCAAAAGAAUAUACCGGAGAAAAACUCGGAGAUGCAGCCGAAGCGGCCAGACGUGCUGCUGAAUAUGCUGGUGAGAAAGUCUAUGAAGGCAAAGACAAGGUGGUAGAUGCAGGAGGAUAUGUAAAAGAUAAGAUAGUUGAUGGCAAAGACGCGGCUGCCGAUACGAUCGUAGACGCUGCGGGUUACGUGCACGAGAAGGUCCGAGACGCUAAGGACUACGCCGGCGAGAAAAUAAAGCAAACCGGUGAAGCCGUGAAGAGGACCGAGUUGUAA